AUGGCGCCCACAGUCCCUAGAUUGCGCAUCCUGUCAGCAUUGCUCUCCUCACAGCUUCUCCUUCCCAUCUCCGACCCGAGUCGUCAACCCAUCAUGGCUGUCGAGCAAGCGCGCCAGAGGCAACAGCUCACUAACGUACUCGUAGUCGGCGGAAAUCCUGUCUCUGCCUUCAUGUCAUGGAGACUUUCGGCGACCAACGCAUGCGAUGUCACUCUCGUCUGGAAGAACGGCUUUGAGAACGUGUCGCAAUAUGGCCUUUCGUUCAAAUUCAAGCCCAGACAAGUCGUCCGCACUCCCGAAGAGGCAGCAAAAACGUCAAGAGCGCCGUACGACUACGUCCUUCUGUGCGUCAAGGCACUCCCGGACGUGUACGACAUUGCAUCCAUCAUCGAGUCGGUCGUCGCUCCUCAGCACACAUGCAUUCUGAUCAACACAACACACUCCCUCGGCGUCGAGUCGUAUCUCGAGCAAAGAUUCCCCACAAAUGUUGUUCUGUCUCUCGUUGCUGGCGCCGAGCUCUCGCAGCUGGGCGCAAGUGAAUUUGAGCACAAGGGCACAGCUGAGAUCUGGGUCGGACCUGCCAACAAGAACCCUUCGAUUCCCGCGUCGAUACAGUCAGACAUGGCCGAAGCACUAGCCAUGACAUUGAGCUCAGGUCAGGUUGACUGCAAAGUCUCGACCAACAUCAGGCAACAACAAUACGAGCGCAUGAUUNNGGGUAAGUCGCUAUCUAUAGCUUGUCGAUCAUUACUAACACGGUCUCGCAGUCCUAUUGCCUUCCAUCCUGCCAGUGUUUUAUUCGAAACUCCCAACCAUGCCGAGUUGCUCGAGAAGACGGGCGCUCGUUCUAUGAUCACCGGCAUCAUCGAAGAGAUUCUUGGUCUUGCCAAAAAUCAAGGAUGUGUCUUUCCCGAGGACUUCCCCGAGCAGACUAUGGAAGCCAUGAUCCAGCCCAAUGCCACACCCAGCACCAUGUACCAGGACUUUACGGCCCGUCGACCUCUGGAAAUCGAGACUUUCCUCGGCGCUCCCAUCAAGCUCGCCCAGGACGUAGGCGUUCAAGUGCCUCGCAUCGAGACGCUAUACGCUCUUCUUCACAACGCCAACACAUUGAACCAAUCUCGCCCACCUCCUGCAGCUGCAGUCUCACCGCAAAACCCCGCACAAACUCCUCGUAUGGGCCCCGGUCCAAACAUGGGCCCUGGCCCUAACCAGCGUGGCCCGAUGAAUGGUCCGAUGAAUGGCCAGAUGAACGGCCCCAUGCCUGGUCAUCCCGGUAGACCUGGAAUGAUGAGGCCCGGAAGCAGGGCCCCUUCGAUGACUGGUGGUCCACCUGCGCAAAUGCGCAGAGGGCCUUCGAUGAACAACGGCUUCGGCACACCCAUGAGAAUGAACGGAAAUGGCCAACGUGGCCCUCCUCAGCAGCCAACGCGUCGGCCAUCGCUUGAAGACAACGAACUCGAGGAAUUCAGUCACCUGAUGCUUUACGACAACUUGCCAGAGGGUGCCCUGCCUGAAGGCGCGAUCCCGAACGGUGCCGGUCCUGGAGGUGAGAUGGGAAUUCGUGAGCGAGAACUGGCACUUCGCCAAAGAGAGCUAGCUUUGAGAGAGCAAGAGUUCAACAUGAGGCGUCGUAUGCCUCCUCCUCCUGCUUCGCAUGCCGGAGGCUUCGACGAUGACGACGAGGAUGGUGAAGACUUCUUUGAUCCCAUGGCUCCAGGAAGGAAUGUCCCUAUGAUCGACCCUGACAACUUCGACAUGAUGAGCGUCACUUCAAGACGCGCCCGCAAAGCACCCCCGCCCACUGCCAACCAGCUCCGCAACAAUCCUGAGAUGGGAGGUCCUCAGAUGAGAGGAGGAGGCGGUGGCGGCAGAGGCAUGUUCGGAAGGCCUAAGAUGCAGAAUCGAACCAGUGCUAGACUAAUGUCUGAGAUCCCUGGUCUGCACGAGAACCUCAUGGGCAACCCGUUGCUAGGCUACUCGUCAGACAGAUACGGAGGUGUUGACCGUCACAACCUUGGACAAGAAUCGAGAACCAACUCACUCACUGCAGAACGCCUGAACGAGCUUUCGCGAGGCGGACCUCCCGGCCAAGGUCCUUACCCUGGCCCAAUGCCCCCUCAGAUGGGUCGACGUGCUAGUAACUCUCCUGGACAUCCUUUGGGUCCCCCAAGAGGGCCUCCCGGCCAACGUCCUUACCCGUCGAAUGGACAGAAUGGAUAUCCGCCCCAUAUGAACGGCCGACCAUCGCCUCCUGGCGUUAUGGGCUCGCCGAUGCAACGCCCACCAACCCAGCAAGGCCAAGUGCCACAGCAUGUUGAACAGCAGAACGGGGUGAGCCAUCUCUAUCCGCCCAAAAGCGGCCCUCAAGAACGCAGUCUGACAGGUUCCGCGAGCGCUAGCGCGGGGAGUGGUGAUAGUAACCACUCGGUGCCCCUUGAUUCCGACCCUUCGGCCCACAGCAGCUCCAGCAGUCUGGGACCUCGUCCAGCUCACGGUUUCCGAUAG